GAAUGUCCUCCCUGCUGCGGACGCCCCGCGCGGGCCGGGCGCGCCUCGAGGACCUACGCGAGCCGCUGACCCCGUGCGGCCCGGCGGGCGAGGAGGCGACCCCGCAGUUGUGCCGACCCGCGGCUCAGGACCCCGCGGAGCCGGAGAGUCUCUUCUGCACACCCACGAAGACCGGCAGGCCUCGCCUGAACUCAGGGAGCCCGAGCACCCCGGCAACGACGGCGGCGGCACGCUCCCGCGAGCCCCGCGCCGAGGAGGCGCACACUCACUCUUCGUCGCCAUCCUGGAGCUCCUCGUCGCGAGAUGGCGGCGCCUGGGGUGAGUUCCUGCCACUGGAGCGGGCGGACUUCAUGCAGCUCCGUGGCCAGGCGCACUUCCCCCAUGCGACGUGCGCCGUUGCUGUGGCGACGCUGGCCCCCGAGUGA